ACCCCAUCUACUUCCCCGGCUUACGAAGACACUUCGGAUGGUUGUGACGCGGUACCCUGUUGCAGCUAUGCUUAUGUGUCACAUAGUACUUUGAACGCACCCGCUAUGCCUAUGCGCUUACAAAAUGAGACGAACACUUCGGCUGAGUUGCAGCCUAUCUGCAAACCUGCGUUUGAUGUAGAUCUGGAUUCCACUGCAAAUGAACCCUUUGCUGGAAAAACACCUGUUUUAAGAAGCACUUUCAUGAUCUGCUUGCCAGACAGCAUCAUAAUACAACCACAGAGCUUUCCAGAAUAUCGAUCAGAACCUUCUCAAUGCGAAACGGAUCCCACCAGUGCAACAAUCAUUUUGACUGUCAAUAAGAUAUUCACAGCUGCCAGAGAUAUACCAGCUUAUGGCAUCCUUUUCCAAAGAAGGAACAAUGAUAUUGUGUGAUUUCUACCUACCAGAUAGUAACUCAACGUCCUUCUCCUUUGUUG